AUGUCUGCGCCCAUGAAAAACUACAAGGGUGAAAUGAUUCGCAAGCAGGAAAAGAAGCCUUUUCAAAUGUUAGACAACACAGAAGAUAUCAUAAUUGUUCUAGACGAUGAUGAUGAAGAGGACGAAGCUAUCUCUAACAACGACCCAUCUAAAGAAACAGUGACCCAAGACCAAAAAGACGGUUCAAAACUUCCCGAGGCCGCACAGAAACUUCUGAAGAGUCUGGAAUUCAAAAACCCUGGCAGACGGCAAUUUGACAUGACUACCUUUGACCCUGAAAACAGUGAACGAGAAAUGAGGAAAUUGAGAAGGACAUUCCAGAGAACAGAUAUGAAGCAAAAAGCAAGACAACAGGUGAUAUACGAUGAAAAAGGUAGACUUCUUGACACACACAAAAACUUGUGUGAUUGCCUGAAUGACAAGUGUCCCGGGUGCCAUUACCCAUGCCCUCAGUGCACCUCAACUAAAUGUGGAGUGCAGUGUCGCUGUAAUAGAAAGUGGGUCUAUAACCAGAUUGAGAACGAGAGUGGCGGGGACCUCGUAAAAUUUGAAGUGUAGACUGUUUUGGGCUGUGUUGAAAGAACCCUAAACUGCCAAUGAACUUGCUGCUGUACAUACUUUUUGUAUUUAUGCACCUGUAUAUAUGUAAUGUAUUAGGCUAAAUAUGUAAAUAAGGAACUGCACUUAAAGUCAAUAGUUCAUCGAUUGUGCUCCGUGCGUCACGUGACUUAUAGUGGGUAAUAGAUGUAAACAGACACGGCGUACUGCAUAUAAAUGUGCGUUAAAAACUCAUGAUAUUGUUGCAGUUUUUGGCUCUAAAAAUACUAAAUUCUCAAAAUCACUGAGGAAUAUUCCGCAGUUUGUUUGUAACAUGAGACCUUACAGGUGGCUGAACAAUGCCAGUAAUGGGUAAACACAGUUCCACUUUAGGAAAUUCCAUGAGAAUGUUCACACGAUAUCAUGUGUUUGUGCACGAAAGUGUGGUUUUACAUUGCCCUUUUUGUAAUGAUUUUGCUGCCAAUAUUUUCAAUAAAA